AUGAAACUGUUGACAACAGUAAUCAACUCAUCUCUUAAAUGCUCGAUAGUCCACGCCUACAACAGUCUUUGCUUCCCCCGGUUUUUCACUCGGAACUCCUCCAUCAUCAUCCCGUACAAACAUGCCCUCAUUUUCGUACCUCAAUCCUCAACCGGCUUCCCCUUAGCCUACGCACCCCCAGCACAGGAUAUGGAGGCGUCGUUUGUAUCCAAAGCGAGGACGGCCUUUCAUUCCGCGGCAGCUAAAGCGGAGAGAGUCUUCACGGAUAUUAAAAAAUCUGAUUUAAUUACCACCGAUCGAGAUUCUGAUAAACAAUGUCCGAAGACAUCAAAAACUGAUUCCUCUAACAACGAGGAUGUGUCCAAGGGUGGGCAUGAACUGAAAAAUUUGAAGUCGCCAAUAAAGAUAAAGCAGGAUUGGCACGAGAGAUUCAAGAACAUAAGAAUAGGCAAGAAAGAAGUUCAAGAUAUUAAUAAAGCUGAAAAUUCAACGAUGUCCUUUGCUAUUUUUGAUGAAAAUUUAUACCUGGUGAGCUCGGGAGAUGUUUCCCAAUCAAAGGGUUCAAAAUCGGGUUCCUCGGUAGAAAGUUCGUAUGCCUCAAACACAGAUUGUAUUCCUCCAACAGCUGUCAUGAAGCAAUUGGCCAUAGCUGUUGAGGCUGGGAAGACAUAUAAGACUAUUAAAGAUCUUCUGGCAUCAUCCAGAGAUUCUUCACCUGUCAGGGAGAGGGCUGCCUUGAAUUUCUCUGCAGUGAAGUCGUUAGUGCUACGUGAAAAGGAAGAUAAAUUCACCACUGAGUUUGGUGCUGAUGAUAAAAUCCUGUCGUUGAUCAAUUCACUGCUUGAUGCAGAAGGACAUUUUACUGGGAGUAAGGCCGGCUCUGGUUUGGAUAAACUUUCAAACAUCACAUCUUUGCCUAACGAUAUUCAUGGUGCUCCUCCUGAAAGCUUUCUUGUUAAGCUUUCUGAAGCCAUUGGAAACUUAAAAACCCUGAGGAAAAUGGCUUUGUUUUGGUGCGGGGUUGUUGCUGAACUGAGAAGACUCUGGGCUGAAGAGCAACAUAUUCCUGGCAUUCCACCAGAUGAGAUUCCAGACUUGAAAUCCUGUCUUUUGUAUCAGCAGUUGCAGGUUAUCAACUGUUGUCUCUCCAGAAAAAGGCGCCACUCUGUUGCCACUGAAGUAUUAGAUUCUGUUGAAAGGCAAGCCAGUUCAAAUGUUGAAGCACCAGCUGCUUCUGAAGGCCCAACCCCUGAAAGUUCUACUUUAUAUGCUAGAAUUAGUACUGGGGAACUUGUUCUCCGGAUGGGAGCUGAUAAAGAAUCUGAUAAUUUAACAAUGCUGGAAACUGGUGAACUUAUUUAUACCCCUGUUAUGCAGGAAGGGCCUCUGCUAACAGAAGAUCUUAUCAAGGAAACAGAGGAAUUUGUACUACGAACUGGGAGUGUUGGUGCUGGAUGUUCUCAGCUUCUCUCUGACAUGCAGGCCUUUAAGGCUGCAAAUCCUGGUUGUGUAUUAGAAGAUUUUGUAAGAUGGCACUCCCCCCCUGAUUGGAUGGAAGCUGAGGCAAGCAAUGAAGCUAAAGAAACCAUUGAAGGCGGGGAUUUAUCGUGUGCAAGAGGUCAACUAAGUAGGCGAAUGCAGAAAGAAGGUAAUUUAUGGCGUGAACUGUGGGAAACAGCAAAACCAGUUCCAGCUGUCAGACAAACUCCCCUCUUUGAUGAGGAUUUGGCUGUGGAUGGUAUCCUGAAUUUCUUAGAGGAUGUCCCACCUUCUGAGCUUUUUGAACAGCUGUUUGUUUCUCUUCUGGGUUCAGGAUUCGUUAUUGCAGAGGUCGCACUCUCCACAAACUCAAGUUUGUCAAAGUUGUUCUACGAGUGCAGAGACUACAUUGUUGCCACUUGUCAAGGCAGCAAUUGGGUUGAGAAAGUGGAUGAUAUAUGCCAGGUGUAUGAAACAGUGGAGAUGAUGUUACUAAAUCCAGAUGAAGUUCUAAAGAUCACAAAUCAGCCAGAAGAAACCUCAAUUGCUGGUGAACCGAAAAAUAGGUUUAAGAGGCUUGGCUUCAUUUUUGGUGGCAAAGAUAGGCAUGGAAAACCAGAGUCAAAAGACCAGAAGAACUCAGAGGAGAACCCGGCACGCCAACAAUUUUCAUCAAUAUUUUCGAAGAAGCCUCCUAAGGCCAGCAGUGCAUCCCCAGCUGAAAAACCUGUUUGUUCGAUUGAAAAUGAUUGGACAGUCAUUUAAGCAUACUUGAUCUCACUUGUAACUGUAUAUAAUUCUGAAAAAAAAAAAAAUAAACAUCUGAAGAAAUUUCCAAUUCUUUGAAAGGAA